UUUGCUGUCCAAAACUAGGGCACAUGACAACACAGCUGCAUCCCGUUGGGUCAUAAUGGCGACUUCACUACAAGACAAGAUAAAUAAGCCAAACACCGCGACUGUCUGCCUCUGUUGUUGAUAAUACUUUCUCGUUGUUCAUCCAUCCCGUCAUGCCUGUACUCUCACCUGAUCAGCCAUCUACAAUUCUUAUCACCAGGGGUACGGGUUACAUCGCCUCCCACACUGUUCUGGCUGCUCUCCAGUUGUACUCAAACUUUAAGGUCCGCGCUAUCGUACGAACGGAAGACAAAGCCAGAGGGCUCCGUGAUGCACUCGACAGACAAGGCGCGGACACGAGCGAUUCAAGGCUCGAAUUCGCCUAUGUCGAUGAUCUCCUCUCCCAGGAUCAGAUUGGUCGUGCCAUGGAUGGCGUGCAAGGUGUUGUUCAUAUCGCUCUACCCCGGCCUAGCGAGAACUUGGUCGAGGAGGCCACUGGUUCCAUCUUGACGGUUCUGACGUCCGCACAGCGAGCAGGAACUGUGACCCGGGUCGUCAUGACCUCUUCGUCCUGUGCAUCCAUCUCGAUGCCCUGGUCGCCCGCCAAUCGUCUCGUUGACAGCAACACUUGGAACAAUGCUGCAAUUGAUCGCUGGAGAGCAUACACAAUGUUGAACAACGAGGCAAAACGUGCAAUCCAGCAUGGUGUCGAUGGAUCAUGGUUCUGGACCCUGUACGAAGCUUGCAAGACCGUCUCGGAACAGGAGGCAUGGAAAUGGAUGAAGGAAAACAAGCCGGCAUUCGAUCUCGUAACCAUUCUACCCAACACCAACUUUGGUCCCGUCAUUUACGGUGAACCGAGCUCAACGGCAGAGUGGAUCACAAUGCUCCUUCAAAACAACGAGAACUCCCCAGCAGCAAUGAAAUCUAUUCCCAGUCAGUGGCGUGUAGACGUCCGUGACGAUGCUAAGGUCCAUCUGUCAUCGCUUAUCGACGCAAAUGUAGCCAACAAGCGGCUGUGGACAGUUUCCGAGCCUUGGGGCUGGAAUAUUCUUCUCGCCAUCUUGCGCAAGCACUUUCCUAACAAACCGGUUCCUCUUGACAUUGAGGACUCAGCCUAUGGCCCGACCUGCCAAAUGCGUGUCGAGCAUGAGCUGGCUACCCAGCUGAUAGGUAAUUGGAUUGGUUUGGAACAGAGUGUGGUAGACACGGCAAAGAGCAUAGGCCACUAGCAUUCGCGCUUUACGCAUCCUUGGUCUGUGUACUGUAACCUGGUGAAUAAGCAAGACAAGCAAGUCU